AUGUAUGCAGAUGACGUGGGUUUAGUAGCUCAAGCCGAGUCGUUUGAAAAACUGGAAGAGAUACUGAAUGAGGAUCUAUCCAUAGUACAAACAUAUUGUAAGUCAUGGCACCUAACAAUCAACCCAAACAAAACUACUUCCAUUGCGUUCCACCUAAAAAACAGAGAAUCAGAUAGAAAACUAAACUUAAUGGCUCAGGGAGUUAACAUACAAGGAAAAGACGCACCGAAAUACUUGGGAAUAAAGUUAGACAGGACUUUAACCUUCAAACAGCACUUAGAAGGAGUAAAAAACAAACUAAAAACUAGGAACAAUAUUAUCAGUAAGCUGGCCGGAACAAACUGGGAGUCCAGGGCAAAUGUCCUUCGCACUUCUGCUCUGGCUUUGGUGUAUAGUGAAGCGGAAUACUGUGCCCCAGUAUGGGGGAGGAGUGCGCACACGAAAAAAGUAGAUGUGGAAUUAAAUAAUACAAUGAGAAUAAUAUCAGGUUUUGUUUGGUCAACGAAGGUGCAGUGGCUCCCGGUACUUUCAAAUAUAGCCCCACCAGAAAUACACAGAUAUGCAGCAACGAAAAAAAUACUAGAACAAAUUAAAAACUCGACACACCUCCCAGUUCAUAACGACAUAUAUGAUGUGCCAUUCAAACGAUUGAAAUCUAGAUACCCUAUUUGGCUUAUUGAGAGUACAACAAAUGUUCCGGAGGAUUUGUGGAAGAAAAUUUGGAGAUAUGAAAAUGUCGUAAAUGGCCGUCUCGUCAACGAUCCAACCCAGAGAGUUCCAGGUUUUGAACUCCCACGUGCGAUGUGGACCACUCUAAACCGAAUUAGAACAGAACAGUGA